CCCUCCACACAGGAAGGAGAGUCAAGAAAUGAGUCAGAGAUUCCUCCUCCGCACAGAAACCAGACAAAGCAGCCUUAAACCCCCAAAACACUACCACCAUCAUCUUCAUCAUCUUCAGCAGCAGCAGCAUGCCGUGCUGCGGAGUCUUGUGUCAGUAUGAAACCAACAAGCUGGUCCGGAUCCAGAGCGUCCGGCUCGGCUCCCUGAAGUGGAGUCUGAACGCAGCCAUCCUGCUGUUUAUCUGCAUCAUGUUGCUGUGGAACAGGAAGUACCAGGAGUUUGACCUGGUCGUGAGCUCUGUCACCACGAAGGUGAAAGGUGUAGCUCAGACCCACCUGCCCGGGGUCGGGGACGUGGUCUGGGAUGUGGUGGACUACAGUGGACCCUUACAGAGCAAAAACUCGUUCUUUGUGGUGACCAACGUCAUCGUGACAAAGAAUCAGAAGCAGGGGAAAUGUCCAGAGGUUCCCCUUAAAGGCAGAAUGUGUCACACUGAUGAGGACUGUGAGAAAGGAAGCUGGGAUCAGAAGAGCCACGGAAUCAAGACAGGAUCAUGUGUGAGGUAUGAUGUGUUGAAGAAAACCUGUGAGGUGUCUGCGUGGUGUCCAGUCGAAACCAAGACGAACCCUCCGAGGCCUGCUCUGCUGGCAGCAGCUGAGAACUUCACCGUCCUAAUAAAAAACAACAUCAGGUUUCCUGCGUUCAACUACAUCCAAAGGAACAUCCUCCCACAGAUGAAUGACGCCUACCUGAGGAGCUGUCAUCGAGGAAAUGACUCGCUGUGUCCCAUCUUCAGACUGGGAGACGUCGUUCGAGAGGCCGGAGAGAAGUUCUCUGUAAUGGCCAUAGAGGGGGGCGUCAUUGGCAUCCUGAUCAACUGGGACUGCAACCUGGACCGGCUCAUGCACCGCUGCCAGCCCAAAUACACCUUCAGACGGCUGGAUGAGAAGGAGAGCAACAAGACGCUCUACCCAGGCCUCAACUUCAGAUAUGCAAAGUACAACACGGUGAACGGAGUGGAGGAGCGAACGCUGUACAAAGCCUUCGGGAUCAGGUUUGAUGUCAUGGUGUUCGGACAGGCGGGAAAGUUCAGCUUCAUUCAGCUCAUCAUCUACAUCGGCUCGACGCUGUCGUACUACGCUCUGACGACCGUGAUGAUCGACUGGCUGAUUGGAACCAGCUGUUACUCUGCAGAGGUCGGACAAAACUACUCUGAGAAGAAGGUGGAGUCAGUCCAAGACAAGCAGAAGUGCAUCCUCUGCGUGUCCUAUGUCGACGAGAACAACAUUCGACUGGUGAAGAAAUCGCAGAAGAAGAAGCGUUUGCAGGACAGCAAACCGAUUUCUGUUCAGCCACACAAGGAGGACAGUGGACACCUGAGAGCCGUCCUCUGUCUGCUCCAGCCAGCUGAACCCGACGCUCAGCCUCCCCUCGACCAUAAACCCGACCCCAGACCCUGCCGGCCAGCCUGGUGUAAGUGUGGCCGCUGCACUCCGUCCUCCCUCCCUCAGGAGGAGCUGUGCUGCCGGUGGAGCGACGGCGCCUGCAUCACCUCGUCUCCUCUCUUUGAGCAGCUUGUGUUGCGUCGCUCGCUGCUGGAGGCCGUCCUCCUGUACCGGGACCCUCUGUCUCCACCCGCAGAUCGUCACCAGCCCUCUGCCCUGCGUCACUGCGCCUACAGUCAGUACAUCAGCUGGAGGAUUGGGGUCCCACCUGAGGACACCCACCCUGCCAUCCCCAGCUGCUGCGUGUGGAGGGUGAGGGAGGAGUACCCGAGCCCGGACGGACAGUACAGCGGCUUCAGACCCGUCAGGAUGGCGUCCAUGCAGGCCUGCGCUAACGGAGAGCUGUGAGAGGAGAGCAGGGACUCCACCGCUGUCUGAGCCACUAACUGUAACUGUUCAUGUUGAACCUGCCUCACAAAGAAAUGCAAUAACUUUAUCAGUUUGUGUUCAGUCAGAGGGGGGUGAGAGGAUGAGGCAAAACCUCACUGAGUCAAUAAAUCACUGCAUUUUCUAACAUCAUCUGUCAAAUCAUUUGGCUGCUCAGUUAAAAUAUAAGCCAUUUCUCAGUUUCACUCCCUUUAAGCAGCCUUUUGCCUUUUAUAGGGCAGAAAUAUAAUUUUUAACACCACUAACCUGCUCAGACAAAAGAUUUCUGCUGCCAGGAAUGUGUUCAAAUCCCUCACAUCGUAUGGAAAGAUGAAGGUUUUGUUCCUACAUGGAAAGAAACUCCUCAAUUUCAAACUGCAAACAGGUCAUGGCAAAGACAGAUAAAGGGUAACUUCAGUAUUUUUUACCAUGUUUUUGUGUCUAACUAAUGAGAACAACAGUUUUUGUAACUGGUCCAGUAUUGAGUGAGAUCGCUGCAAAUGGCAGCAGCAGACUGCAAUGUAACGUUGAUGAGCAAUUGCACACCGUUAAUGUACAGUACAGGCCA